UGGCCCGGUGCCCAGCCUGUCACCAACAGGUUGGACAAGUUGUCCAUCAUCCGAGGAAGGCAGAGUCCCGAGCACAGCCUCCCUCCCUCACUCCACCUGCCUACGGGACUACCUGUAGCAGCCUACCUGGCGCGCGCUCUCUCACACACGCACUUGCGCUCCUCUUCAGAGCCAGCCAACACCGGGGCUCGGGACGGAGAACUCAACGAACCGGGCAAGGGAAAUGGGGACUUUUCCGGGGGUCCUUGGCCUUGCACUAGGCCUGCUGCUCUUUGGCUCUGUUGUUGGAGAGACCAGAGCACAAGGAGUCUGUGGAGUCCCUGCUAUGGGGCGGAUCAUGGGUGGUAUGAAUGCCCAACAUGGACAGUGGCCCUGGCAAGUCUCUCUUAGUGAUAGCGUCAGCAAUCGUCACCUUUGUGGAGCAACUCUUAUCGCCCCCCAAUGGCUGAUCACAGCUGCUCAUUGUUUCCCUCCGAGGUCUAAAAUUGAGAACUAUGAUGUCAUUCUGGGGACCUUCAAGCUCAAUGAUCCCCCAUCCGAUCUCGUAGUGCUGCAAGUGGAGCAAGUGAUCAAACACCCUGACUUCACCGAAGAAGAAGGAUCUAAAGGGGAUAUUGCCCUAGUGAAGCUCAAGAAGGCAGUUACCUACAGUCGCACAAUCCGGCCCAUUUGCCUGCCUGCCUCUUCUGUCACCUUCCCCGCCGGCAUGAAGUGUACCGUCACUGGAUGGGGAAAUGUGCUCUUAUCUACAAGUCUUCCCACACCCAAGAAUCUACAGCAGCUCGAAGUACCAAUUAUCGGGACAGACACUUGCAAGUGCCUGUAUAGCCGGAACCCUGAUCCUGAGGACCCCUACAUCAUCCACGAUGACAUGAUCUGUGCUGGCUUUGGUGAGGGAAAGAAGGAUGCCUGCCAGGGUGACUCUGGGGGACCCCUGUCCUGCCGUAUUGGCAAUGCUUGGUUGAUGGCAGGAGUGGUGAGCUGGGGAGACGAGUGCGGAGCCCCCAACAGGCCUGGUAUCUAUAUCCGCAUCCCAUCCUACGCUGACUGGAUUAAGGAGAAUGUUCCAGAGGUGACACUCAGCCAAGUGACUGCUGAUGUGGAGCCACUCUCAGAAGAGGGCAUGUGCUCCAACGUUACUGAUGCUAGCCGGCCUGGACCUUAUGACGACAUCCAGCCCUAUCCAGGCUGGUCCCGUCCCAUCAACCCCACACAGCUUCCCUCAGACAGUACUGCUUCCUGGGCCUGCACAACUGACCUGCUCAUUCUUGUCCUCCUCCUUCAGACCUUCUACUAUUUAUCAUAGUGCCAUAUGACUGACUGCAUAGGGAGGGGGUCCCUUCUUACUGCCAUGCCCAAGUGGACGGUCUCACUAUUUCACAAUCUGUCACACCUCAUGGGGUUUUUUUGCCUUGCUUUCUGAAAGGAUGUAAUUAUCUCGGGUAUUAUUACAAAAUGGCAACCUUGUUCUGGAGCAGAGGUUUCCAUCAAGCCAUGAAGGUCAAGCCAUGUGUGCCUCAGUCUGGUUAGUAUAUACCUUAUAUGCCAACUUGGUACAGUCUGUUUCACCUAUUCCUGAGCUUCCCUCUGAGUUGUCAAUUUAUGCCAAUCUCCUGAGUCUGUUGCUGAACAACUUAUCAUUCCUUCACACAAUUGUAGAGGCCCCAAAUGGCAGCCACCUCCUUGCCUCUUUGGUAAGGAUAGACUCCCAUACAUUCUGGAACUCUUUCUUAACCUCCUCUUCAUGCCAAUUCCUGAUCUGAUUUCUGCACCUUGGUUCUCACUAACCCCUGGUUUUACUGCAUCUGCCAAUUUAUUCCUUGCCCCAACCUCUUUAUCUUUAUCUGUCGUAUGAAAGGUGCCCUUCAGCUUCCCUCCAACCUGUAAAAUCAGUCUGUCGCAUAGUUUCUAACAGGGUGGCUCCCAUCUUGGUUCUUUUGCGGCAAAACUUUGCUCUUGCUUGCUCUUUCAGCUUCAGUCUGGCAGGGUCCAUGCACAUUCCACUGGCACACCAGAGCUUGCUGCCUGGUCUCACACUAGGAUGUGAGCUUGGCCCUUCCAAGUCAAAUCAGUCAGUUGAUCCCUUUGCCUGUUCCAUAGGAUCCAGUUCAGACCAUUGUCUGGUAUCCCACCCAACCUGAUGCCUCACAUGGCAGUCUGAUGUGCUGUAAACUAUCCCUUCCCUGUACCCCUUUCUAGGGUGACUUUGGGGGACCCCUCUCCUCUUGAUUAAGCAAAGCCAGGGUACUGGAUAGGGUGGUGAGCUGGGGGAUGUUGUGUGGGGAGCCCAAAUGACUUGGCCUCUAUGCUAACGUUUCAGUCUAUGCUGAUUGGAUCAAGACCACUGUCAAAGAUGCGACACUCAGUGUUGUGACUGAGACAAGCGCCAGUCUCUGAGGAAGGGAUCUGUGGCGCUCUAGGGGGUUCCAUGGCACCUGCCACGGUCUCCACUCCAGCUGCUUCCAUGGCACCCAAUGUAUUCUUUGCUUCCUGGAUUUUGCUGGCCUGCUGGGCCUUGAUGUAUGCAUUUUGGGGAUGGCUGAGAGUCCAUGUUUCCCUAUGCCUCCUUCCAACUCAGAGACUGAUACAAGGAGAUGGAGCAAAUAGUGCCGGGAGUUUGGAACCAACCCUACUUCUCAAGUAGCUGCUACAUUUUGACCCCUGGUGGGGGACUAGAUCAACUCUGUGUGCUGACUGGACUGUAACUUCCCUUGACUGGGUUGGAUUUUUGAAGCUGUGGGGAUGGUUACCUCCCUGAUGUUUCUGUGUGUGAUCAAUGAAUCCCUCCACUGGUGGCUGGAGUUGUGUGUCUUUGUGUGCACAUGCAUCUGUGUGUGUGUGUGUAUGUAUAUAUAUGUGUGUGUGUGAGAUAAAGAAUUGUGGGAAAUGUCCUCAGAGCAACACUAUUUCAAUAUAAAAUGUCCCACAUUGUUAGCUUGAAGAUUUAUUUAUGAUGCAGCAUGACUCAAAUGUGAGGCAGAAAUGGAAUGGGACCAUUUAAUCUAAUUAUGCUGGUGAGUCAUGGACAUACUACUUGUCUUCCCUGACAGCCUGUAUUUGCACAUCUUUUUAAAAUGAAUUAAGUAUGCAAGCAUCUGUUUGUUUAUUGGGAAGGAUGACAUUCAGAUACUGCUUUAAUGAUGAAGGGUUUUUAAUAAAAUAUAUAGUAAUUCUGAAUUGAGAAA